AUGCCUUCUGCUAUAAAAUUGGUAACCACGGCAGCAGCCGUCCUCUCGCUGGCUGCUCUCGGCGAGGCCGGGCUGAUUCAUGAUCAGUACCUUCAUCGUGGAACUUCCAGCAACAGUUCCCUCCCGCAUGGACCGAACUCCACCCGCUGCAUACCUCUCACCGAUGCCACCCAACAGGAUUGGCAGGAUGCCAGUACGAAUUCAUGGCUGAGCAGUUGGCUGAAGACCAAUGCGGACGCAAUCAGCAGCCGCGGAUUUAUCAGCGCGUUUGGCGAAUUGGUGCUGGGCCAACAAGGGUGGACCUGCGAGCUCGGCAAAACUUGUACACUGCCAUGCAUGAAACCUAGUCAAUCGACUUCUAAGAUUGCCGAUCUACAAGCUCGCGAUAAUUCCCAGGGGAACACCGCCCAGCAAGCUUCCAAUGUGGGCAACUCUAUCGUCAAUCUAAACCAGGCGUUUACCGAAAUGCAAACGCUGUUUAACAGUGCUGUUGGAGAAACCACUUCCGCUCUAGACGGCAUCAUCGGCGACUUCUGGUACCAGUCAGAUACCUCGAGCCUCGAUCUGACUAACGGUCUGCGUGCUCUGGCAAUCGUUAUUGGUCUAGUAGCCUCUUUUGCAACUGGCAUAGCAGCAGGGCCAACUGCUGCUCUAUCCACCCUGUUCGGCGGCGAUGCUGAUUUUGAUAGGGAGGAUCCUUACAUGGUUCAGGCAGGCAAUGCAGGCAACCAGAUGAGCCAGGUUUACCAGGGUUGCUAUCAGGCAAUCGAAAAUCUAUACAAUAACAUCACGAGUGGAAAUAACCAGGACAUCGCCAGCGUCUUUACUGAUGGAACCUUUCUGAUGUCACACUCGGCCGAUUUAAUCCAGAACAUCACGGAUGUGUUCGAGUCCUCAAUCAUCAACUACGUGUGGCGCGAGCAAAUGGUAUUCAUCCUCGGCGGGACCGACUGCGCAGAAGACCAAGGCAUCGGAAACACUGGACCGAAGGACGACAAUAGCAUUAUCUGGUGGUGUGACGAGAACAACAAGGCCUGGUAUCUCUACUUUUACCAGUGGAAAGGCAACGGCAUUUCCGGUCAGGGCUCACAAAACACUAAUGCAUGGGUUGCUCGGCCCUGGGGAUCAGACCGAAUGGGUGACAACCCUGCGUACCAGGCACAAGGCGGAGGUGGAAAUUUUUACACUAACCUCAAUCCCUACAACGCCGUCAUCUCCUCGGUCAAAUCUUGGCAAGCCGCUGGUAACAACUACACUACCCAAAAAUGGGAAGACCAAAUGUCGGGAAUGAUAAGCUCCGGACAAAACCCCUUAUAUGACGGCAACGCGAUAGAAGGCUUGUGGACGAUCCCCGUCUGUGAUAUUAGCGCUGCUGUCGACCAGAACUACCCCGGAAAGUCUAGUAUCCUACAGCCAUAUGGAUCAUCUAAUGUGCAGUGGUGUGGGCCCAUCUGCAAUAAUGAUGCUGACACGACACUGGAGUUUUUUAAGGCGGCAAACAUGGUGUUCGAUGGAUUUUCUACUUCCAACUACCCCUUCGUACGACUCUGCCCUGAUGGAACUCCCGUCGGCUACAAUGAUUCUUAG